AAAAUGAGUCCGGCGGCAUCAACGAGGUGGUGUCCGACGCCGGAGCAGCUGAUGAUACUGGAGGAGAUGUACAGAAGCGGUGUCCGAACGCCGAACGGGGCUCAGAUACAGCAGAUCACUUCCCAUCUCGCCUUCUAUGGCCGCAUCGAGGGCAAAAACGUCUUUUACUGGUUCCAGAACCACAAGGCCAGAGACCGGCAGAAGCUGAGGAAGAAACUCGCUAAACAACUUCAGCAACAGCAAUCGCAACUGCAUCAGCAACAGCAGCCGACAUCUUAUAGGCCUCCUUAUUACAAUCACGAGUUCAUUCGUCCAUGUGAUCACUUGUCUUUGGCUCCGACGACGAAUUCCUCCCUCGCUUACUCUUCCCACUCCUUUCUUAUGUGUCUUCCUCAUACGGGGAUUGGAGGAAAAGAAGGCGAAAUCAAAGCGAUGAAGGAAUUUUGCUGCAGCAAAUGUUAUGCUAGAAGAGGAGAUGGUAUGGAGCACAUGAUGAUCAUGCCAAAACCCAUCACGAGUUCUUCAUUAUACGGCAGAAAUUUGAUGAUGAUGAUGAUGGAUGUGGGCUCAACACCAUCAUAUCCAUCAUCAUUAUCAUUAUCAUCGACAUCGUCGUUGUUAUCAUCACCUCCGCUUCCAUGUUGCAGCCACAUAAAUCCAAAACCGCCCCUUAAAACCCUAGAGCUCUUCCCAGUCUCACCCUCCAAAGGCUCCAACUUCAAAGAAGGCCCCAAACCCUAAUUGAAGGGCGGAAAAAGAUUCUGCGGGUGUUUCAUAUAUGACGCAAUUCAACAGCUAAGAUCGAGGCACGUGUAAAAUCGGGUGAAAUUCUAGUCAGCUGAAUAACUAGACCGUUGUAAACGAUUGUAGUUUACGUCUCUCUCCCGUCGCUGUCUUCGUAGAAGCAGUUAGUGUUUAUGUUUAGGGUUUUUACUUUCUAUUUUAUUUAAAACUAUAUAUAUAUAUUGG